GUAGGGGGCUGAGGCUGGCGGCAGUGCAGCGCGUUUCAUGGGUCCCGUCCUACGUGUGGCUCUGUCCCAUGUUGCUGGCCCCCUGGGUGGGGUCUAGCUCCAGAGACCCCAGGUUCAGGGGGAGCAGCUGAUCCCAGUGUGGGGGCACGGCCAGCCCCUCGCCACGCUGACCCCUCUCCUCUUCCCCAGGCUGCUGAAUGCAGAGGACGGUGGCUGUUGUCGGUGGUGGGAUCAGUGGCCUCACCGCCUGCUACCACCUGGCCAGAAGCCCCAAUGCUCCCAAGAUAAUCCUGCUGGAGGGUAGCGGCCGCCUGGGGGGCUGGCUCCAUUCCACUCGAACUGAGGACGGGGCCGUAUUUGAGCAUGGCCCCAGGGGGAUCCGACCUGCCGGGACCGUGGGGAAGAACACUCUGCUCAUGAUCUCUGAACUUGGCCUGGAUGCAGACGUGCUUCCGGUGCCUGGCGACCACCCGGCUUCCAAGAACCGCUACCUCUACGUGAGCGGGGCACUGCACAGGCUGCCAUCCGGCAUUGGCGGUGUUCUGCGGACAGUGCCGCCCUUCACCAGACCCCUACUCUGGAGUGGGCUGCGUGAGCUGGCAGCCCCCCGGGGCACCCAGCCGGAUGAGACCAUCCACAGCUUUGUGAGCCGCCGCUUCGGAAAGGAGCUGGCCGACAUCGCCAUUGACAGCCUGUGCCGGGGGGUGUUUGCUGGAGACUGCCGGGCCCUGAGCAUGCGCUCCUGCUUCCCUGCGCUGUUCGAGGCUGAGCAGAGGCGGCGCUCCGUCAUCCUGGGGAUGGCCCUGGGCGGAGGGAAGGGCCCCGCCCUGGACUCGGCGCUGAGCCGCAGGGCCCACGACGAGCGCUGGAGCCAGUGGUCGCUGCGUGGUGGCAUGGAGACACUGCCCGAGGCCCUGCAGGACUUCCUGAGACGGCGUGGGGUGGAAAUGCACUGCCAUGCCCAGCUGCGGCACCUGGAGAGAACGGCAGCUGAGUGCUGGCAGAUCACCCUGGAGGAUGGCAGCGUGAGAGCAGACCAUGUGAUCAGUGCCAUCCCAGCCAGAGCUCUGGCGGUGCUGCUCCCCGGCUGGGCCGAGCCGCUGGCCCAGGAGCUGCGCAGCAUCGAGGCCGUGUCGGUGGGUGUGGUGAACCUGCAGUACAACGGUGCCACGCUGCCCAUCACGGGGUUCGGGCACCUGGUGCCCUCGUUUGAAGACAGCUCCCUGCUGGGCAUUGUCUACGACUCGGUCGCCUUCCCGGAGCAGAAUGGCAGCCGUGGCCCUUCCGUCCGGCUCACGGUGAUGCUGGGAGGUGCGUGGUUCGAACAGGGCUUUGGGGACCCAGACACGGUGCCACAGGCCGUGCUGCUGAGCCGUGCCAAGGAGGCAGUGAGGGCACACCUGGGCAUUGUGGCCGAGCCCUCCCGCACAAUCGUCAAGGUGCUCAAGGCCUGCAUCCCCCAGUACACGCUCGGCCACUGGCAGAGGACAGAUACCAUGCGCCGUUACCUGGAGCAGGAAGGAUUACCGCUGAGCCUGAUCGGGGCCUCCUACCAGGGUGUCUCUGUGAAUGACUGUAUCUACAGUGCCAAGCUGGCAGUCACCCGGCUCCUGGACCAGGCCUGCUGAUCUGCCACUGGGCGCCCAUCUCUUGAACUAACUCUGUUUCGAGCAGGGAACAGUGGAGCCCCCUGCCAGGCAAUGGGCUCUCACAGUGCGAGGAGAGGCUGCCUCCUCUGAGGGCACUGGAUUCCUACCCAAGGUGGGGUGGGGGGCUGGGGGCCCCCUUGUGAUAGAGGGACAUCCCCAGAAGCAGUGAGAGAAGGUGAGUGUGGAGGCUGGGGUGCUGACUCUCAGCAGCUGUAGGCUGCAGCCUGGGUUCUUCCCAGCAGUGGUCAGGUACCAGCCCAAGAGAGGGGCUGGGCUGGGCUCACCCAGACCCUCCCUUCCCCACCCCCAAGGCUCCCCCCAACCAGCCCUUGGCCAGUGUGGUUCAUGCUGCGGUUGUGGAGCUCAAGGGGGGGGGGGGGGGGAUUGGCUACGACCCCUGCACUGCAGCUCCCUGGAGAGGCCCUGCACCUCAGGCUCUGUCAUUGACUAAUAAACCCCCCCUGGCUAUGUUAGUGUGGCUCUCUGCUGACUGAUUCUCCCCUCACUACAGCAUGCUGGGCUGGGAGCAGGGCAGGCCGGUGCCAAGGAGUACAGCACCUGGCGCUGAGCUUGUGCUGUGGCAGGGGGGGGACACCGCUAGGUCCAGAACAGCUCAGGAGAAGCAGCAGCACCCUGGUGAGGUGCCCAUGGCAGGCAGCCAGUUUCUAGAGGCUCUGUCCGGGCCAAGGGAGCUGAGUGGAGGAAGUCCAGCCCCAGGCUCCCUGGGCUGUGAUAGCCCCUCCCCCAGAGGGAAGAGCCAAGGGCCACUGUAGGACCAAACAUUUUAUUCAGCUCCUGCAUGGUGCAGCAGCAGCCAGGCACGGCCAGCACGUUCCUAAAUAAAUAACCACAGCAAAUUGUCAACAGCUAGAGGAGGAUCAACCCCUGGGCUCCCCCAACCACCAUGGGGGUGGGGGCUAGACAGCCCCCUUGGUCACAAACUGUUCUGGGGGGAGGGGAUGGGAUGGGAUGGGAUGGGAGCAGCCCGGCUCUCUAAGCACAGUCUACUCAGCACCCAUCCCUUAAAGUGAAUUCAGUGCCGGGGAAGGUGCUGCCUGGAGGCCUUUUAGCAGGUAUAAGCCAGGCCUGCAGCAGCUGGCACCCUGGAGGUGCCCUGGGCUUAUGGGCCCUUGGGCAGCUGCCACUGGGGCUAGGGCUGGCCAGGCACCAGUGCCACUAAUGCCCAGAGCAGGGGGGAGGGGAAAGGCUCCAGCUGGAAGCCCAGUCAGUGGGAUCCUCUCCCUGCUGCUCCAAGCAGCAGGACCAGCCCUGGCCAUUUGCCCAGCUGCUCCCGGGGA